AAAGAAAGGACGUCUCGAAAAAAUACAUUCGCAUCUUUUCUAAUAAUUUAUUUGUUUUUAAUAAAAAUGAUCAAACAGAAAUAAGGCUGCAUUCAUAAAAUUGGUGCCGUUAUAAUGAUUUUUUUAACGCAUUGCUUUUCACAGCCCUAAUUAAUGUAUUCAAACAAAACAUAUUUCACAUUUUGUUACCUAAUAAAUGUGUCAACGGGGAAACACCCUGCAUAAAAGAGCACAAGCAAAAAAGGAAAUGUCUUUCCUUUGUGGUAUCCGGUACCCGGGGUUCUAGGACAGAUAAAAAAACGAGUUCAGACGAAGCACGGCUCAUUCAGCUUGAGCGUGCCCGGAUUCAUUACUUUCCCAUAGCUCCUGCUGGAAGAUGAACAUUCUGGACUUCUUCAUUUUUUUAACAGUUGUUUUUUUUGGAUCGGCAUCUACAGGCUCCCACAUGCUGCAGUAUCACACUGUCGGCACAUCACGAAACAUCACCACAACUGUGGAGCUGGACGGGGAGAUCUUCGUGUCCUACAGCAGCAGCGAUACAGAGGUGAUUCCAAAGACAGAGUGGAUAAAGAAUAUUGAUGUUGACGUGUCAGAUUACUGGAAAAGUGAGAAAUCACGCAUGUCAGGUGACCACCGGGACCUCCAGCAUCAUCUAAAACGCGUGGAGGAGCUCCUUCAUCAAACCAAAGGAGCUCAUACACUAACCAGGACGUACUCAUGUGAGCUCAGUGAUGACCACACAACUAGAGGAUCACUCCAGAUCCUUUAUGAUGGAGAAGAUUUCAUCAGGCUGAAUCUCAGCAGUGGAACCUGGACUGAAGCAAACCUUCAAGCUGAGCAGUUCCUGAAAGUCUGGAAAAAAGCAGAGGAUGAGGCCAAACACUGGACGCACUACCUAAACUACACCUGCAUCAAGUGUUUACAGGAGUAUCUGACAUACAGUAACAGUGUAAAGCAAGGUGGAGGAUCAGGUGGAGGAUCAGAUGGAGGAUCAGGUGGAGGAGCAGGUGGAGGAGCAGAUGAAGGAGCACAUAAUAUAAUAUAUAUCAUCAUUGCUCUAGUCCUGCUUUUAUUUUUUGUUGUUGCUCUAAUUGUGUCCUACAUGAAGAGGGAAAGACUUCAGAAAUUUUUUAACAGUAUUCUAUAGCAGUUUCUUCAAGUGUCUGACUUCAUGCAUCAGACGGCGAGAUUCCGAACCUGUUACAGUCUAAAUUAGUGCACAAGUCCUGCUUUGAUGAAGAUCCCAGCACCACCCUCCAUCACCAUACAGUGUUACUCUGCUGCCGACACUGUCAACUGCUUCCGUGUCCUGCAACCAAAAUCUCUCAGGUCUUUCAAGUAGAAACUGAACAUCAGCUCUCUGAUUUAAAAUAAAUCCCACCAGAGGUUGUUCUUCCUGUGCCAGCUGAAGAAACAGAACCUACCAAACACUUCCAUUAUACUCCACUCCUCCAUCACCAUCUUGUAUGCUGUAUAAGAUAUUUUCCGACUGCACCUUGACGUCCACUGUGCUGAAAAGGUGAUUGGCUGCAAUGUUCUACCUCUACAGGACUUGUACACCUUUAGAACCCAAAAGUGGGCAGCUAGGAUCGGUACUAAACCCCUUUCACAUUAGAUGCGCACUUUAAAUAACUUCCCACUGGCUGCAGACCAUCAGGACCAAAAACAGUGUCUUUGCAACUGACUUUAUGAACAAGAUCAAAGUCCCACCAUCAGCAUUGACCUGCCUGCACAAACACAAACAUAUAUGUAUUAUCCAACGCAUAGCUUUUAUCUUUAGUUAUUACUGUAUUCAUUUUUAAUUUUUUUUUCUAUUUUCAUAGCAUAAACACACCAUGACAUUUUUUUUAUACAUGCAACCCAUCAAAGACGAUUCUGAUUUUGAUGAAGGUGAAGUGCAAACUCUUGGGAUUAGCGCCUCCUCAUUUCCUUGUUUGUUCCUCAUUUAUUUGUAUUUUUCUUUGGAAAUGUGUUUUGAUACAGAUCUGGAUAAAUGCUUGAACAGCAACUGAUUGUAUCUGCUAUCUGCCAAUGAAGGUAAAUUAUUUAAUAUUUGUAUUAAAUAAAAGUGAGUGUGCAGUUGGUAACCACGGUUUUAAAUGUUUAGUGUUCUUUUGUAAUGUUUUAGAUGUGGAUGAAGGCUGAAAUGCUCGAUUGGUUGAAAAUGUUUAGUGUCUGAAUAAAGCAUAUGAUGUAUUGUUAAUUUUAGUUUUUCUGUUUUUAGAUUUGUCAAUUGCUGUUUCUCCCGUGUUGUUUUUGUUUGGUCCCCUGGUUGGCUGGUCUCAGGAGUGUGCUGAGUCCGGUUGGCUGGGGCUUUGUUUUUUUUUUUUUAUUAUUUUUUCCUUUUUAUCUCUAUUGGUAACACCUUCCCAGCCUUAUGUUGCCAGCUUGAAUCAUGACGCUUGUUUCCUGUGUGUGUGUGUGCAUCCCUUUGUGUAUGGGAUUUAAGUUUGCUGUGUUUCUUUGUAGUUAUGAGUGAAGGGUUAUGUUUUGAGUU